CUUGGCCAGCCGCCGCUUCUCUCCACCCGGCUCCUCGCGGCCUCGGUCGCAGCCACCUGGACCAGACCCUUUUGCCGCUGCUGCUGCUGCUGCUGCUGCUGCUGCUGCUGUCGGGACGUGGAAACAGCAAGAGGCCCCCGACCAACACACGCUAACGGUACCUACAGAAUAUUGGACAUAUAGAUCCAGGAUCUGUAAGACUUUAUCACCUUGAAUCAAGGAUUUAUUUGAUAUCCUUCUCCAUCUUUUAUUCAUAUCAACUAACAUAUUUUUUUAAAAGAAUUAACAAAUUUGCCAAAAAGGAAUUUUUUUAAAAAAAUAUUACUACCUACAUUUUCCAAUGCCUAAGAAUAGCAAGGUGGUAAAAAGAGAAUUAGAUGAUGAGGUUAUUGAGUCUGUCAAAGACCUUCUUUCCAAUGAAGACUCAGCUGAUGAUGCUUUUAAGAAGAGUGAACUAAUUGUUGAUGUCCAAGAAGAGAAAGAUACAGAUGUUGAAGAAGAAUCUGAAGUUGAAGAUGAAAGACCAGCUUGGAAUAGUAAGCUACAAUACAUCCUGGCCCAGGUUGGAUUUUCUGUAGGAUUAGGGAAUGUUUGGCGAUUCCCAUACCUCUGUCAGAAGAAUGGUGGUGGUGCCUAUCUUUUGCCAUAUCUAAUACUGCUUCUGGUAAUAGGUAUUCCCCUUUUUUUCCUGGAGCUUUCUGUGGGUCAAAGAAUUCGGCGAGGAAGCAUUGGUGUGUGGAAUUACAUAAGCCCUAAACUGGGAGGGAUUGGAUUUGCAAGUUGUGUAGUAUGCUUUUUUGUGGCUCUCUACUACAAUGUCAUAAUUGGCUGGAGUUUAUUUUAUUUUUCUCAGUCUUUUCAGCAACCUCUACCUUGGGAUCAGUGUCCUUUGGUGAAAAAUGCUUCACAUACUUUUGUAGAGCCAGAAUGUGAAAAAAGUUCUGCCACUACCUACUACUGGUAUAGAGAAGCCCUGAAUAUUUCCAGUUCCAUCUCCGAAAGUGGGGGCUUAAACUGGAAGAUGACCAUCUGCUUGCUGGCCGCCUGGGUCGUGGUGUGCUUGGCUAUGAUCAAAGGCAUUCAGUCAUCUGGAAAAAUCAUGUAUUUUAGUUCUCUGUUCCCGUAUGUCGUACUUCUGUGCUUUCUGAUCAGAGCACUCCUUCUGAACGGCUCAGUUGAUGGCAUCCGUCACAUGUUUACCCCUGAGCUUGAAAUAAUGCUGGAGCCCAAGGUCUGGAGAGAAGCUGCAGCUCAGGUGUUCUUUGCCUUAGGCCUGGGAUUCGGUGGCGUCAUUGCCUUUUCAAGCUACAACAAGAGAGACAACAACUGCCACUUUGAUGCCAUCCUGGUGUCGUUCAUCAACUUUUUUACUUCCAUCCUGGCAACACUGGUGGUGUUUGCAGUUCUGGGCUUCAAAGCAAACGUUAUAAAUGAGAAAUGCAUUGCAGAAAAUUCGGAGGUGAUCAUCAAACUUGUGAAAAUGGGCAACAUUAGUCAAGAUAUUAUUCCCCGUCACGUUAACUUUUCAGCUAUCACUGCGGAAGAUUAUAAUUUAGUUUAUGACAUCAUUCAAAAAGUGAAAGAAGAAGAGUUUCCUGCUCUUCAUCUCAAUUCCUGUCAAAUUGAAGAUGAGCUAAAUAAAGCUGUUCAGGGGACUGGCUUAGCGUUUAUCGCCUUUACAGAAGCAAUGACGCAUUUCCCUGCCUCUCCUUUCUGGUCAGUGAUGUUCUUCCUCAUGCUGGUAAACCUGGGGCUUGGCAGCAUGUUUGGAACCAUCGAAGGGAUCAUCACGCCCAUUGUGGACACUUUCAAAGUGAGGAAAGAAAUUCUCACUGUUAUCUGUUGUCUUCUAGCGUUCUGUAUUGGUCUGAUAUUUGUGCAGCGCUCUGGAAACUACUUUGUUACAAUGUUUGAUGAUUACUCUGCUACAGUGCCUCUGCUAAUUGUAGUCAUUUUGGAGAAUAUUGCUGUAUCUUUUGUUUAUGGCAUCGAUAAGUUUAUGGAAGACCUAAAGGAUAUGCUGGGCUUUGCUCCCAACAGAUAUUACUACUAUAUGUGGAAAUAUAUUUCUCCUCUAAUGCUGUUAUCACUGCUGAUUGCUAGCAUUGUAAAUAUGGGAUUAAGUCCUCCUGGCUAUAAUGCAUGGAUUGAAGAUAAGGCAUCUGAGGAAUUUCUGAGCUACCCAACAUGGGGAAUGGUUGUCUGUUUUUCUAUGAUGUUCCUGGCAAUACUCCCUGUCCCAGUUGUCUUUAUCAUUCGUCGCUGCAACCUUAUAGAUGAUAGUUCUGGCAGUUUAGCAUCUGUGACCUAUAAGAGAGGAAGGGUCCUGAAGGAGCCUGUUAACUUAGAGGGAGAUGAUGCAAGCCUCAUUCAUGGAAAGAUAUCAAGUGAGAUGUCCUCUCCCAAUUUUGGUAAAAACAUUUAUCGAAAACAGAGUGGAUCACCUACUCUGGAUACAGCUCCCAAUGGACGAUAUGGAAUAGGGUACUUGAUGGCAGAUAUGCCAGAUAUGCCAGAAUCUGACUUGUAGCUGGGGGCAAAGAUCAGUGGGCUUUAUGUGGUUCAUUUUUAUCAAUGAACAUUGGCUCUACUAAGAGAAGUGUUCGACUUCACUUAUCAGAGGGCAAUCUCAGGUGUUCCAUGGCUGUGAUCUUUAACCCUAACAGUGUACGUAAAUUCGACUCAAGCAUUUCUUUGGGUUCUUUGGUUUACAUUUGCAAAGAAAGAGUCACAGACCAAGUGUGUGAUAACUGAGGUUCAUGUUGGUCAGAAGUUUUAAAAAUAAUUCUGGUGUUUUACUAAAAAAUUCUUCUAAAAACCACAGGUGUUACCUCAGUUUCUAAUAACUUCUGGAUGUCAUGGUAUGGGCAACUUAAAAACGGUAUACUUCAAAAUUUAUGUUUGCCGUCAGGGUAACCUCCCCCGGAUUACAAGGAACAGUUCUGUAAGAUGGUGCCAUUCAGCACAUUUCCAUGAAUAUAUUGUAUAGAUAGGCUGUCCUUAUUUUGGUAGCAUUGAUACCUUCUUAGGCAAUUAGUUGAAGAAAACUGCAAAACUAUUUUCUUAUGUAAUAGCUGUAUAGAGCAAUAGUAUCAAAGAAUAAGAAGGCACGGAUGCUGGGGUGAAAGAUGAGAUUCAGAGGUGACUGGGGAUCAUGUGCGUGGUGGCUGUAUGUUUUGUGUAAAAUGUGUGAAAAUGUUCUAAGAAUGAGUCACUCAGCACUCUCAAGAAUUAUGCAGAUGCCGCAUUUUUCUAAGCCGUGUGCCUAAAAACCUACUUGAUAUUUAUUGUGGUUUCAAGAUUACUCAUAGUAUAUUUAUAUAAUAUACUUACAAUGUAUAUAGAUGUAUAUUAGUACUCUAAGUACUGAUUUGAAAACUUGAAGCAAGAUGGCAUUUUAUUUCAUAUCUUUCUGUUUUGCUUCUGUUUUAUGCAAAUACAAAUCCUUUUUUAAGUGAUUGUUAAAUUGUAUGGCAUUACAUUUUAAGCUACGAAUAAACAAAGUUAAAUAAUG